AUGGCCUCGCAAAUCUAUAUCCAAAAAGCUGAGGACUACAUCAACACUCAUCCAUAUCUCAUGUUAGCCAAAUCUUGGUGUCCAGAUUGUCAAUAUGCCAAUAAAAUUUGGGAAAGAUUCGAUGUUUCUGAUAAGGUCCAUACCAUCGAGUUAGACAAAAUCCCAGAUCAAGAAGAAGCUGCUGAAUUGGAAAAGGCAUUCAUUGAAAUUGUUGGCAAGGGAGUUCCAAAAUUAUUUUUCAAUGGUAAGAAUUUUGGUACUGAUGCUGAUUUAAAGAAAUGGGAAAGUGAAGAUAAAUUAGAAGAAAUUUUCAAACAAGAAAAGUUGAUUUAG